AUGAGCACGUCUGAAUUACCUGAGGUCCAUAGCGAGGGCAGCGACGACAGCGACGAGGCGGAGCAAUACAAGGGCGCCGCUCCCAAAGCCAAAACCGUCAGAUCGAGUCGUGCAUGCAUAACUUGCAGACGGAUGAAAACGAGAUGCGAGAUCGAUGAGGCACUAGGAAGUGCUUGCAAAUUGUGCAUCAGGACGAGACGUCAAUGCAUUAUGCAGGAUAUACCUCGACGAAGAAAAAGAAAGACGACCGAGAGAGUAGCAGACCUGGAAGAGAAGAUCAACAUUCUGACGGCGUUACUUGCAUCCAAAGACGCUGGUGCAUCGACCACGGACACUGAUUCCGUCCCUAACCGACCCGACCCUGACCAGGAGUCGUCAGUAACGCCCGAAGAGAGCCUCAUCGCGGAAGCGUUGUCACGAGGCCUCUUCGAUUGGGAAACGGCCUGCGCGGCAUUUGAGAGGUACCAGCAUGAAAUGAGUCACUACUUCCCGUUCGUGGUGUUUCCAAAGACCACGAACGCCAAAAUUCUCAGGGAGCAGCAGCCCCUGUUGUUGUUUGCCAUUAUUACCGUCUCUAUUUCCAAGAUACGGAGCAAGGUUGAUUCGGAGCUCUGCGACAUGUUGGUCAAAGACCUUGCGCUGCGGAUCGUGUACAAAGGGGAGAGGAGCCUUGAGUUGGUGCAGACUCUCCUUGUCCAUGUCUGCUUCUACUCAAGGGCGCUGCAGAUGCGCGACCUAAACUUCAAUCAGAUGACACACAUCGCCAGCACUAUGGCCACCGAUAUAGGCUUAGGGAGGCGUCCUCAUCGGGCGACCUCGGAGCCACGCAACGGUCCUUACCAAUUGGAGUCUCUUGCAGCACGGAGAGCUUGGUUAGGAUGCUACUAUAUGGCCACGAGCAUCUCGAUGGCUCUCCGUCACCCUGCCUUCGUCCGGUGGUCCGUGUACACUGAGCAGUGCCUGGAUAUCAUCUCAGUCGAACCCCCUGCGUUACCAAGCGACGUCUGGCUGUGUGACUUGAUACGCAUCCAGCGUAUUGCUGAAGCUGGGUCGCUCGCCUUCUCCAUGGACGACCCGGGCGCGAGUGUUACUCUUCGGGACAUCAGAAUUCAAUAUCAGCUGCGAGGCUUUCGUCAGCAACUCGAUUACUGGCGACGACAUGCGAGAACGGACUUGAGCCUGCCAUACGUGCGGCACGUCGCGGCAAGUACCGAUCUCUUCAUCAACGAGAUAGCUCUCCAUCCGGAGCACGACAUAGAUGAUCUUCGAUCGCCGCUCCGUAUUCCUCAGACUAAGGGACUGGACGAGCUUGCCUUGAAGUUCAAAGACCUGCACUUCAUACCCGCCAGAGAGGAGGCCCUCUUUGCAUGCCUGGCUGCUAUCCAUGAAUGCUUCGAUGCUUUGCUGUCCACAGACAUUGCCACGGCUUCCACGUUACCAAACCUCUUCUUCGUCCGUACUGGAUACGCCGCUCGAGCGCUGCGCAAGUUACUCAACAUAUGUGACAGCCAGGCGGAAUACGAAGGCAGGUCCCAUAUCGACGUGAGGGAUUUGAAGUUCGAAGAAUAUCUGAACUCCAUCAUCGCUCUACUGGCCAAAGUGCACUCUGAGAACAACUCCACCGUUGCGCGAGCUUUCGGAUUAGUCCUUGCGCAAAUCAAGGCACAAGCUUUGGAAUCGUCCAAGUUGCUCUCCGCGGUCAGGUUGCCAGGCGAUAGUAGCGGCAUCGACCCGAAACUGGACCCGGACUCAACUUUUUCAAUAGGUACAAAAGGGCCAUGCGAUGAUCCAUGCUACCAACUCUUGGGGAGUGCAGCAGUCUCACGGCCAGACUUUGCCACUGGAACGCCAUUUGCUGCUCCUCCAACCCUCCCCAUUCAGCCUCCACCGGUUGCUGGUCCCCUACACCCGCAAGCUCAGGUUCACCCGACCCCGUGGCAAGAGAACGAUGCAGACGAUGAAUUCAUGACAGGAAUUGAUGUUUUGCAGUGGUUCGAGCAGGAUUUCGCCUUGACCUCUGGAGCCUUCGACUACGACGGUAUGGGUCUGCAGCCUGCAGACGGGCAUUGGCAGUAUUGA